GUGCUCGUCCCCGUCGAUCCUACGUCGUACGUCCAAGCGAGCGUAAUUUGCGCGCUGCCUCGCUCCCGAUGCACUUCUUUUCUCAAAAUCUACACAUAGAUGUUUCGAUUUCAGUCCCUGGAUGAAGACUGUACAUUGGAGGAGGAGGAGGAAGGUCUAAUAGAUGAAGAAGAUGAAAUUGAUCAGUUCAAUGAUGACACCUUUGGAGCUGGGGCCAUCGAUGAUGACUGGCAGGAGGAACACAAGCGCCUCGCUGAACUUGACGAGCGUGAUGGGUUAGGAGCCGGGAUGGGAGCCGAGUCAGAUAUUGGAGGAGCUGAGGACUCUUCCUCCACCCAUCUCUCCUUUCCCUCUUCCUUCCCUUCAGUUAACUUCUCCUCAUCUUCCUCUGGUGUACCUCUGGCAGAUUUGGAGGAUCGAGGAAGGGAAGGUGACCUGGCUGAAUCCGUUGCCAGACUCAUCCUUGAAGCCGAUCCGGCCAUCGCUGGUGUUGGGGCAGCUGAGAGGCCUGGUCCUUCUUCCACCUCACUAGGAUCCAAUCUGUCUGUUCUGCAGGGAGUGGACCGACCCAGACUUCUUCCCCAGCCUUCCUCUGUCCCGCACCUCACUCAACCACACCAGCACCCUCAUCCCCUGCCGCACCAGCUUCCUCUGGGGCACUCCACUUCAGCUCUCCCUCUUCCUUCAUCUAUGCUCACCUACCAACAGCAGCAGCAUAUCUUACGUAGAGGAGCUGCUCCAAUGGGUCAGAUGAAUUCUCACAGUCUAUGGGAGAACAGCAUGGGUUUUGGAUCGGAUAGUCCGCUAAUGUCUGUGAUCAAAGAGGUGGGUCUUCCCAAGCGGCCUCCUCCGAUUAGAAGUGAUGAAGGACGAGAUUUGUCAGAGAGGGUCCCACCUCCACGAUCUUCCUCACCCGUGAUUGGCUCUCCACCAGUGAGGGCUGUGCCUAUUGGGACGCCACCUAAACAGCCAAUGAGCCACACCCUGAACCAUCAGAUCCAUCACCCCACAGCGGUUCAUGUGAGAGCCCCCGUGCAGCACAGAUACCCUCCUCCUUUCCCUGAACGUCUGUCACCCAACACCCUGCUCAAUAUAGCUAAUUCUCCACUGUGCCGCGGUCAGUUCCCUCCUGGAGUUGGACCCGUUCUGUCUCAUAUCCAGCGGUCUCAGCUGCUCAGCUCUCAGGUGGCAGGUUUUCCCCGUGGUGGUCCAGCACCUCCUUUGUUACCAGGUGGUGGAGGUUUCAGGCCUUUUUUCAGUGGCCCGCCUCCUCCGCACAGUCAUCGAAUGGGCCCUCCACUUCCUCAUGGCCCCCACAACCACAUGCCAACUGUACAUCAUAACACUACCCACCUUCACCCUCAGCACCGACGCAUACUCACGCAGCGCAUGCAGAGCCGAGCGGGGGACCGUGGUCGGAUGGGAGGAGACCGGCGCAGCAGAGAUCCUUACAACCUGAUGACGCAGAAGGAGAGAUGGGUAACCAAGAUCCAGAUGAUGCAGCUUCAGAGUACUGACCCCUACUUGGAUGACUACUACUAUCAGAACUACUAUGAAAAGAUGGAGAAACGACAGGAAAGGGAGCGAGACAGCAACAAGAAAGAACACACCACCAAACUCAUCACUCCACAGGUCGCCAAGGUGGAGCACACCUACAGACCGGUUCAGUUUGCAGGCUCUCUCGGGAAGCUGACUGUUUCUAGUGUCAACAACCCCCGCAAGAUGAUUGAUGCUGUGGUGACGACUCGCACAGACGAUGAGGAGAAGAGAGAGAAGCAGGUGUGGAAUAAGAGGAGCAUUCUCUACACUGUGGAGGAGAUGUACAGUUUGCUGUUGGAGGUACAAGACUUUGAGAAACGUUUUGUUCACGCACCAGAAGAGGAGCGGGAGACUUUGCUGGAGCAACACAAAACUAACACCAUGCAGCUGUGCAGCUCUUUAAAGGAGAAGGAGUGGGAUGACAGAGUGAGUGAUGAGCAGUGUGUGAUGAUCAUGUCGGUGAGGAAGGGCAAGCGACUCAUCGCCAGACUCCUCCCCUUCCUGCCCACGCCCCAGGCUACCGCAGUUGUCAUGGCAAUUGCUCGCAACCUUCCCGCCUUGGCCAAGAAGGACAAACAGGACCAGGUGCUGGGCUGGUUAGUGGAGCCCGUUUCUGCCGUUAUCCAGUCAUUGUCAAGCGCCGCCCUCACAGACUUGCUGCAGGACCUUCAGGGUCAUGAAGGUCAACUGACCAUGGUCCUACACAACAAGUUUGGUGUGACGCUGCUGUAUUUGAUCCUGAGUGAAGGAGAGAGGAUGCAGAGCUCCGACCCAAAUUGUCAGCUCAUGGAUGACAAUCGAUGGACCGAGUUGGUGUUUUCGGUGACGAGGGACUUGCUAAGUGUUCCCUCCUCAUCCCUUGCUUCUCCCCUCUUCACUCCUCCCAACCUGCUCUCCCUUUUUUCACGUUAUGUUGAUCGGCAGAGGUUGGAGCUGUUGCAAGACAAGCUACAGAUCUCUGCUUUAAACAGGUAGAACUUCCUCCAGACUCAGCAGGACCUCCCUCACCUCUCCACUCGAUGCAGACCGUUCUGUGUGUGUGUGUGUGUGUGUGUGUGCCUGUCAGAGUGAAUGGUGUGUCUCUGUGCGUGCAUGCAUGGAGGUAAAUCCAUGGUGGGUCAUUUUAAUCCAGCAGAAUCUAGUCACUUUGUUUUUUGGGGGGUUUUUUUGUUGCGUGGGUGUGCGUGCGCACGCGUGCACAAGUGUUACAGUGUAAGAGAUGAGAAAUGAAAUCUGCAUUUUUAAAUAUCUUGUUUACGAUAAUGCCUGUGAUGAACUUUCAAAUUAAAAAGUAUUUCUAUUAUAUACAA